AAAGUAAAAGUAAAACGUCCAGGCUGGGGACUUUUCAGCAUGAUGUCAUAGGUCAAAUUGUUGCUCCAUGAUAGUGACUAACCCUGAUGAAACAUGAGAAACCCACUUUUAUGAAACUGUUCAUUCUUUGAACAAAUGGACACAGUCAGAGUGAAAGAAAUGCUUUAUACAGAGUUGUUACCGCAACGUGACUAGGAUAAGAAAAGACGUCACUUUGUUCAUCAGUAAGAUCUGGAGGAACAAGUUUGGGCUGAAGAACAAGAAAAGCCUCUACCUGCUCAGGCCAUUGUUUUUAAUCCACUUUCUGUUGGUGCCGUGAAGACCUACAACAUGAGUGGGCCGCAGAAUAUUGAGCUUGGAGCCACAGGCGGAGCCGCCAAACAGGACAGCACCAACAUGGACGACAUGAGUGUGGAGCAAAUGGCUGUCAGAGCCAACCAGCUGACUGAUGAGUCUCUGGAAAGCACAAGGAGGAUGCUGCAGAUGGCAGAGGAGAGCCAACAGACGGGAAACAAAACCAUGGAGAUGCUCGACCACCAAGCAGGUGAGCUCACAGUAGCCCGUCUGUUCCGCCGCCGCUUCCUGCUCUCGUCUCGACCCGCCGUCGCAAUUAUAACGCAUCAAAAAGAGAGCGUGCAGUUGGUCUGCAAAGCUGCAGAAGGCUUCAAAUGCAAAUUGCUUUGGGUGUCAUCCAUCGAGAACGACUCUCGUUACAAACGCACGUGGGGCAAAGGCAACAGCAAAGGCUCAAACGUCGUCUCAAGGCAGCCUUCGGGCGUUCGCAACGGCCAGACCGCCCAGACGAACGCCGCUGCCGCGCCGUCCGGCCCCUACAUCAACAGAGUGACUAACGAUGCGCGGGAGGACGAAAUGGAGGAUAACCUUCAGGCCGUCGGCGGCAUCAUUGGCAACCUGAAGGACAUGGCUCUGAAUAUGGGCAACGAGAUCGACAAGCAGAACGUUCAGAUCGAUCGCAUCAACGAUAAGGUGACAUGCAUAAACAAAGCACACAAAAAGAAACUGAAGCUGAAGUAAACAAAAAAAAAGAAAAAGAAAAGUUUUACAAAUAAUCUUUGGUUGAGUGUGAAGCAUUCCUGUGCUUUUAAUUUACUCUUUCGCCUUAGCAUUUCUAAAUACAAAUAAAAAGGUUUUUUCUGUAAUCAUACACUCGCUUAAAUACAGGCAAUAGUGAUGGCUUUCAACCUAAACUACACUAUUUGUCACAAAAAUCAUAU